CGUCCAAGCCUCUGGGAAAAAGAGGCACUGGCACGUUGGAUGGUACACUCGCUGGACUGGGGUGUGCUCACAACUAUAAGCAGUCGCCUGCCUGGAGUCAAGCCGUUUGGAAACGUCUACAGUUUCGUCGAUGGGCAGUGUAGCAAUUCUACCGGCACGCCGUAUUUCUACGGAACCUAUCUGGAUCAAUCGUUCCAAGAUAUUCGAGAGAAUCCCAGCGUUUCUUUGACAUUGAGUGAGGCGUCGCUUCCGUCCGUUUGUGGCGGAAAGGCAUCGAAGUCGUGUUCAAUAACCGGGUCGAACCUGGGAGAUCCGGAGAAUCCGGUGUGUGCGAGACUCACGUUGACCGGAACCCUCGAGCAAGUCCCGUUCGAGUCAGAGGAGUACGCGAUGGCUCAACAGGCCUUCUUUGAGCGGCAUCCACAAAUGGAUUACUGGCCACAGGAUCACCACUGGAUAAUUGCCAAGUUGGAAAUCGCAGACAUUUGGCUCAUCAAUUACUUUGGGGGGGCCAAGAUUUUGCCCGUUGACGCAUACUAUGGCGCUAAAUUAGAGUUCGGCUCCGUGCAAGACUAG